AUGUACACCAUUGGCCGAUCGGUGGUCAGUUGUCGACGUCGUUGGUCGCUGCUGUCGGUACGCUUCGCGGUCGAUGCUCAUUGCCUCCUACUCCCCUCUCAGCUGAGGCGCUUCUUCGGUCGUCCCUCGCCACUUCCACUUGCAGCGCUAAGUGACAGACGACGGGCAGCCGAAUACGCGUCGAGCCCAUGUCCUCAUCUGAAGACCUUCACAAACCCGUGCUUUGGUAAGUGCGCCGGUUCUUCUCUGCAAGCAAGCAUGUUGUUGUCAAUAAUGAACCCUACUGCAAGUGUGAGGAAGGCAGUGACGCGUGUGUGGAGUGUGCUCCUCAUCGUGCAUAUCUUGGAGUCAGGCCGGCCACUCGUCGUCCCGCCCAAGAUCGGAACCGUAAACGAAUUCUCUGUGCGAGAAACGGUUUCUUCAAAGCACUUUCCAAUAGCAUAG